AUGUAUUUGAUGUAUUAUUUGGAUAAGAAAGGUGAACGUGUGUACACUCUCAAGAAAGUAGAUCCUUUCGGUAACGCCACUAAAUCUGCUCAUCCAGCUCGUUUCUCACCUGAUGACAAGUUCUCUCGUCAACGUGUUACCAUUAAGAAGAGAUACAAGAUCUUACUUCCUCAACUUCCUGCUCGUCCUUUGUAA